AUGAAAAAGAAUGUGAUUGUAGAUAGUGAUGAGGAUGAUGAUUUCAGUAGUGAUAAUGAAGACUCUAACCCCAAAUCUGAACAUCAAGAUCAACCAAUUGGACCCCCGGGCUCAGCUCCACCGGACCAGAUGUUUGAAGAUCCAAAGGAAAUGGUUCAAUCCGUCAAGAAAUUUGCUUGUGAUCAUGGCUAUAUGAUCUCUCUCAAGACAACUAAACAAGUAAUGAGACUAGAAAAGCUUUUAAAUGCUCCAGAGGAGGUCUUCCAGCUCAAGCCAAUCAAUCCUCUUCCAAAUUAA